AUGGAGUCGGCACUGAACAUCACAUCGCUGCAAGAUCUGCGCUUCGCGUCGCAAUCCAUCACGACUCUCGUGUUCCCAGUCAUCGUGGAGACUGUACUAUUCGUCAUCUUCACUGCGAUCGCAGUGGUUGCGCUUUACACGCUAAUAGAGAAGGGCCUGCGCACGUCGCGCACGAACCAAGCACUACUCGCCGUCCUAUUGACAACCUACAUGAUGUCCGGGACGGCUUGGGCAGGACAUCUCCGCCUGGUCUGGGUAGAUGCAAAUCUUGCCUUCUCGACCUCGAUCACUGCUGCCGUUGACGAAGGACUCAUGCCACUCGAUCUUGCCUUAUAUUACGCCAACGCAGACUUCCUGCUGAUUCAUGUCUGCACAAGCGUCGUCAACCUUUUGCUUGGGGAUGGGCUUGUCCUGUGGCGCGCGUACACAAUUUGGGGACGACCGCGAUGGCUACUCUAUCUGUCAUACGCCCUAAUCUUCAUCCUGCUAUGCCUACACGUCCUCAACGCCACCGUCUUCGUUGCGAUAGAGUUGCCCACGGCGCCCGAAAACAUACUCUAUCUAGCAAACAUCGACAAGCACGGAGGUGCCGUUGUAUGCGGAGUUUCCAUGGGUUGGACCGCUCUAUGCAACGUGUUGGGAACAUCGCUUAUCGGGUACAAGGCCUGGGCUCACCGUAGAGAUCUCAAACAGAUGCUCAAUGGCGGCUCACGCAAAUCAUAUGCCGGGCGCAUCCUAGCCCUCCUUGUUGAGUCCGGCCUGAUCUAUAGCGCUCUCUGGGUCCUGAACAUACCGGCCUCAUGCCCCGGCAGCGGUCUCGAUAGCGAUGGUUUCACGUACUACUGGCCCCUCAUCAUGGCACAGAUAAGCGGAAUGUAUCCGGCGCUCAUGCUCGUCGUGGUUGCGAUGCAAAAGACAAGAUUCGAAGAGCACUUGAGCGCCGGUGAUGCCGUCAAACGGCGCGCGCCAGUCGAGCGUCAAUCGUUGUCUAUGCACUUCGCGUCGAAUCACCACGCAUCGUCCGACGUACUCUCAAGCGCAUCGCCAGAUCAUCCGGUAUUCUCAAUGAAAGAGACCUUCGAGGACACACCAUACGCUCAUGUCACUGUAUGA